GCAGAUGUCGAGGCUGAUGCAACCGAAGCAGCAUGAGUUGCCCGUCUGCCGCUCCGAAGGCCUUCAGGAGGAGGAUGUCCCGCGUAGAAGGGGGAGAAGUCUUCCAGAAUUUUGUCGGAAAACCAAACGACACCGUGUAUGAUCUGACCAUCCUGUACAUGUCGGACGUCACCAACUGGUGCGAGUACCUCUUCGACAUAUUCAAUCCCUUCGAGCUCUAUCAGCAGUCGGAGGAGAUCACGACGUUCCCGACCCACGAGAGCACCAUACACCACAUCCGGAGCUCCCGCGUCCAGGUCCUCAUCAUCUCCCCGAAGUUCAUCGAGACGGCAACCUCCCAGAUCAGGGAGAUCACGGGUCCCAACUGCGUCGUGGGACUGCUCUGCGGCGUGGAGCGGGAGGAGCUGGUCCGUCUCCAGGACAGGAUACCGGACUACGUGAACUGGCAUCUUGUGGAUGCCAAACAAGGACCCAGGUGCAUCACAAGCACCACUUUAGACAUUGUAGAUGAAAUGAUCAAACUCGCAGACAGGACUGGGUCAAAUGACCUUUAUUUGCCAAUGGUAGGCGUAAAGGACGAUGAACAGAAUAAUUACAUGUCAAUGGAAAGAGGAUUACCAAGUGUAGUUGAUCAACAUCAAGAUCAGGACACUUACCAAUCUAUGACGGGCGCUCCACAGGAAGAUCUGUAUUUGGAUAUGGAUCUGCCCCCAGAUUCAGCGCAAGAAGAAGAGCUUUAUUUGGAUAUGGACCUACCUCCCGAGCAAGAUCCUCUUUUAGCGCCUGAUGAAACUGAUAAUACAUAUGACCUCUGCCCAGGUUCAGACAACACCUAUGACUUCACUGAAAUUGGAACAUUACCAACAAGAGGUUCACAAUGCUUUCCUGUACCUGAUAGAGUCAGAGAAGGGGUAGCAGAAAAGGUGGUUGUAGUAUUCCUCGCCAAUAGCAAGACGUUGGUGCAGAACUUUGAUGGGUCGUAUAAAAUCCAUAUUGGGUUCGAUAAGAAAUCAGCCGAUGUCGUAGCCACGUAUAUCAAUCCCCAUACACUCAGAUUUGAGUCCCCGAGAGAUCUGCCUGGGGGCAUGUACAAAUGCACGCUGACCCACAACGGUACAAGCAUGGCAACCUUCAAAUUGGGAUUCCUCAGUCGUUCAGCCGUCCUCUCGGACAUCAUCAGCAAGGCUGUAAACCCCCUCAAUUACCUCUGCGACGUCCUCGGGAUCUCGCCAGCCAACAGCAACCAACUGGACAAUGAGCUCCACGAACAAUGCAAGAAGUACAUGCCUGAGAGGGGAUUCAGCCAUCUCUUGCCAGUGAAAGAGACGAGUGUUGGAAAGCAGGGCACGAUGUUCCCGACGGCGCUGCACUUCGCGUCCAAGUUUGGACUCCUCAGCGUGUGUGCUAUGCUCUGCGAAUGGCCUGGAGGCGACCAAGCGCUGAGGAUAAAGAAUAACGAGGGAAAGACGCCAGACCAGAUGACCAACGAUGAAAAUGUGAAGAGCUUCCUCGUCGGGCGUAAGGAACGAUCAGUCGCCCAGCAGCCUUCAAGUAACAUUGGUUAUGUGGUCAUGACCCAGAAAGAACAGCAGAAGUUAAAGCUUGGAGGAGGACCAAAUAGCCCCCCAGACCAGGACCCACGGAACAGACCAGAGUACGACUUUCCGUUCCCCGUGGCGAUCCCCGUUAACCCCGUCAGCAAAGAGGCUGACAUACAUAGACUAAUAAGUGGUGAUCCUGACGAUAUAUAUGAUUACUACGACAGCUGGGGGAAAACAGAUAACACUAUGGUUAGAGAUGGCGAUGAUGAUGAUGACGACGAUGACACUCAGGAUUUGCCUCCACCUCCUCCGAUUCCACGAGUUGCUCGCUCUGGGCCUAUUUCGGACUACGAGACCUUGGACAGUGAAGCCUCCUCCACCACCGUAUCCCACCAUGAUGCGCCCCCAUCGGUCCCUGUCAGCAGUCCCGACGAACGGCCGGAGCCACCCGCAGCAAGUCGGAAGCCAGUCCAGCCUCAGAGUGACGACAGAAAUAGAGAACCAGAUGCAAAGCUACAGAGCCUGAUUGACAUCCAGAAUCGCGUGAAGGACAAUGAGAUCAGCAUGGACGAAGCAGUCAAUCUAUUCCGGCAGUGGGAAGAGAGUCACAAUCAUACACAGUCCAUGAGUACACGUCGAGGUAAUGGGGACCGACAGAGCAAUAUACAGAAGUUAUUCAAAUGGAAGCAGGGUCGUCCCAAUACUGAUGAUGAUAAAGAUCCUCUUCCGAGAAGGGAACCUCCGCUUCCCCCAGAUUAUGAUUCAUUUGGUAUAAAUGCACCUGCAUCUCAACAAGGUGGGCGUCGUCUACGAGCGCGUUCGGAGCCGGUAGCGACGGGCUUCACAUCGCUAACAUCGAAUCCUUCCCAGGCACCCGUCAGCAACUACCCCAAUCCUAGUUACAUGCGAGGAGGCGAUAUUCAUGGUCUAGCAUCUAAGCAUCACAAGGAAACAGCGUUGCGGUCGGUGUCGGCCAAUUCUUAUGGAAUUCCACCUCAAGCCGCCAGAGGUCGAGUUGGAGAUAUAGCUGAGAGACCAGAAAGAAAUCCAACAAAUCCAGGUGGAAUGAGUGUUUCCUCCAGGCUAAAUGCUACCAAUGGCACCUCAGAGAACUCAAACGGACCUGAUGCAAUUAGGAAUGAGAACGGCUCUGACUCAAAUCCUAUGGAACCGCCUCCACCAAGGUCAUCGAGACAAACUUCAGCAAAAGAUCCCGCGAAGCGUAUCUCCUGGCGAAACCAGGCCCCCUUCAGCGACGAGUACAUUAACCGUCCGAUCCCGCCCAUCCCGCCCCGGAACAGCUCGGCCGCACCCAGCAACUACUCGCGCCUUCCCGGAGCCCGCCCCGUCCUCAUGUUCCCCCCUGACCACAGAGGAAGGAGUCCCUUGCCUGACGUGGCACCACGAGGAGGAGGGGGAGCUGGUGUCGAUAAUGACGCCAUCCCGGAGCACUCGGAACAUUCUGUUCCGCAGACACCUGAAGGACUACCAGAUAGGGCAGCACCACCCCCGCCACGCAGAAGCAUAUCCCGUUCACAAUCACCCCUUCGCCACAGUCUGCGACCAAUUUUGCUGGGACACAAGUUUGUAACCUCCAUGCGUGCCGGCAGAUCAUCCACAUUCUCUUCCUCCUCCGACAGUAGCAAUGACAACUCCCGCAGCAACCUGGGUGACAUCCCUCGCCGACAGAGCGACCCUUCGGUGCCUGCCAAAGACGGAGCGGAACCCGCUUCCCCCAGUGAUCGAGACGCCUCCGGAAAACCCAAGCGGCCCAUACCAAGGCCCAGAGGCCCUCGGCCAAGAUAGUCAAGUGCCAGUUCUUCCCAUCUUCUUGCGAUUGAAGUUAAACCAUGCGAUGAAUCAUAAUUGGGAUUUGCAGAGGCAUGUGUUGUACAACACAAGAUUUCCAAUAUCCCAGAACUAUAUGAAUUUCAUAUUUCCUAAUAUGCUGUGUAUAUGCACUCUUUUUUUCUUAAAAAUAUAUCUUUCUGAAGACCGACUCACUGUUCUUUUUUCAAGUAUUGUUUUAAAGCUGUACACCAUUUGAAUGUUAUUAGAUUGAUUUUAUCCCAUUUGAAAUUGAUUACAGCUGUUAGUGAAUCAAGCCCAUAUUUUUUUAACUGAAUCAGUGCCUAUUUUCUUGUCUUUAUAUAGUAUUUUUAAACUGUGUCGAAAGAUGAACCUGUUAAAUACAGGUCAACUUUGGUCUGUAUGAAUCCACAAAUAAAAAUAUAAUUUUUUUUACAAGAAAUAAGAUAAUGUAACCUCAAAUAGAAAAAUUUUAACCUUUCAAAAGCUUUUAUAACAGAAGCACGCUAAAGCUUUUUCAAAAUUUUAAGUAAUGACUGAUGAGUGUUAAAUUUCAAAAAGUUUUUUUUUUUAAUUCUUCAAUUGACUCUUGCCCUUGUAUUAUUGCCACAAAGACUUUGUGAUUUAUAAUUGAAUGUAAUUUCCAAUUGGUAAAUGUUCUUAACGUCAUGUCUUGUGUCAGUUCGUACAUUACAAGUUCAUACUCUGCAGACAGUAAGGAUAUAUUUAAAUUAUAUUUCAUUGUUUUAGAAUGCUAACAUUUUUGGUAUGAUUCUCUAUUUCAAUAUCUGAUUUAUAUAUAUAUAUAUAUGAGGAUACAACUCUGAUAAUGAUCAUUCCAGAAUUAAUGAAAAUAAAGUUAUUUGGUAUGUCGUCCUAGUUCUUUUUCCUGAUUAACUGAGAAAGACUUUCAAGUUACACUGUAAUUAUAAAGACAAAAUUGCAAAUACUUACCAUUGAUUAAACAUGUAGCUUUUGAUAAUAUUAUUACUAUAUUGUUAUUCUUUUUUUUUCAAUGAAAUAAGAGAUUUCAUAGUAACUUUUAAUUGGGAAACCCCAACUCUUUCUUAUCCUUGGUUUGAAGUUUGAGAUAUGUCAUUCCAUUGUGAAUAAUGAUUUUACAUAUAACUGAUGUUUUUAUUUUAAAAAUUACAUGAAUUUAGAUCCUUUAUAUUCCAAUUAAUAGAAGAAAGAAAGAAUCUUUCAUUUUCAAAACUUAUCCAUGUGAUGUCAAAUUAUUCAUUAUAAGUGCAAUGACAAACUGUUUAGCCAUUUUUUUUAACACAAAAUUCUCAGGAUACGGUUGUUUGAAAUUAUUAGAAGUGGAGCACCAAUUUUAUAGUGCAAAUAAUAUAUCGUGUGAGUAAAAAAAAUGAAAUUGACAUCUGACAAAUCCCCAAUUUAACAAAAAAUUAUUUCAUGAACACAUGAUUAUUACAUAUGACCUAAACGAGUAUCUUUCCCCAAAUUAUUUGAUACCAUAUUUCUGUGGUAUGUAUUAACGCUUGGAUAAUCAGGAGGUAUUUUUUUACCGUGAUGUAAAAUUUGAUUUGCGCCAAAGCAAUGCAUGGCUACAGCCUGCAAUGAAUGAUCCCAGAUGCCAAUGGUGUCAUAAUCCUACGAGUUAGUAAACAUAUUUGCAAACCCAUUUCAAUGAAAUUAACUUAAGAAUUGAUACUAAAAAGUGUUUAUUAAACAAGUCUAAUGUUAAUUAUUGAAAAGGUGUUUUGCAAUGGAUUUUAAUGCAACCCUUGUACCGCCCUUUCACACAGUAAAAAAAUCGUAAUUUGAAUGAUGAUUCCAGUGAAAAAAAAGGCUAAUAACGGAUUUUUAGCACGUGUGAAACCAAACUAGAAUCACAAACGCUAAUCACAAUCACAAAUUCAAAUUUUACUCUGGAGGUGAAUUCCAUUUAAGUUUCACUCAAAUUACGGUACGAAUUUUACGUGUGAAAUGCUUGACCUCCAAAACAUCUUUUGGGGGGCGGAGCUUACAUGUCCUUUCAAGCACUUCUGUAGAUAAUACAGUUGUCAUGCACUCGUCGUAUCGGUGCAGUGCUUUGAUUGACAAAUCACCAAGGACACAUACCGCCUUCGCUGGGGAAUUAGAAUUCAAAUCACAGUUUUCGAGUGAGUGUGUGAUAGGUCCGAUGAUUCUAUAGAUGAAUUGCAAUCAUCAAUACAAUGAUGAUUCAAGAUUCAUGUGUGAAAAGGCCCGUAGACAUCUGGAUUCAUUAAUAGGAGUCAUGCUGUACUUUGGCGCAAGUCAAAAUUGAGGAUGCUAUUGUCCAACUACUCUUUUAAAUUGUUAAUAAAAUUAUUGAAAAUUUAUACUCAUCCAGUUCAUAGUGAUUCUAUACAGAUAUAUAUGCUCACAAUAAUAAUUUAUAUUGACUCGUAAUCAGAAUAAAAUUUCUAUUUAAGCACGGAGCACAAAAUAUGAAAUGUUGCCUAAAGGGCAUAUAUUUUUAUACCAGGCCUAUUUAAUAAAUGCAGUCUUGAAGUAA